AUGACGUCUCUUCAAGUCCUUUUACCUCCGGCAAAAUCGUCAACCGCUACGACGUUUUAUGAUCAUUCAAACGAUCCCUGGUUCAAGUACCGUUUCAUGGAAUCUGAGGCGAGAAACUCGUCUGGUUUCAUCGUAAAACCAGUACCUGCUUACCUGAAUCGGCAAGGUUUUCGUCCCGAGUGUUUUGGAGAUGGUGGUGCAUUCCCUGAGAUUCAUGUCCCUCAGUACCCUCUUGGCAUGGCCAAGAAUAGAUCCAACAAUACUCUGAAUGUCACGCUGGAUGCUCAGGGAAACGUGGUCUUUGACGCCGUUGUGAGGCAGAGUGAGAAUUCCAAAAAGAUUGUUUACUCUCAACCUUGCCAUGUUGUUCCCAAUGUUUUGAAAAACGAGGCAGGCUUGGUUGAUGGUGAGGACCUGAAGAAGCAGACAGCUGAAGAAACAAAAGCUGCCAUUGAGAAGAUUGUGAAUGCGAGACUGGGAAUAUCACAGCCUAAGAGUGUUCCCAAGCAGUCGAGUGAUUCAACGUACAUCAAGUAUAAGCAAUCUCAACAAUCGGCUGCGUUCAAUUCCGGUGCUAAAGAGAGGAUCGUAAGGAUGGUGGAGAUGCCUGUAGAUCCACUUGCUCCACCAAAGUUCAAGCACAAGCGAGUUCCCAAAGCUUCUGGUUCUCCCCCUGUUCCAGUCCUGCAUUCACCUCCGAGGCCUCUGACCGUCAAGGACCAACAAGACUGGAACAUCCCUCCUUGUAUCUCCAAUUGGAAAAACCAGAAAGGUUACACAAUCCCUCUUGACAAACGCCUUGCCGCUGACGGAAGGGGACUGGAAUAUGCUCAGGUCAAUGAUGACUUUGUCAAAUUGUCAGAGGCUCUCUAUGUAGCUGAGCAGAAAGCUAGGGAGGCUGUUUCAAUGCGGUUUAAGGUGAAGAGGGAGAUGGCGAUGAAGGACAAGGAAAGAAAAGAGCAGGAGCUGAGGGCUCUUGCACAAAAGGCUCGGCGCGAGAGGACUGAGGCUGCAAGGAUUUCUAGCGAGAGUGUUGAACCAGGAGGCGAUUGUGACGAUGGCCGUGAGAAGGAAAGGGAACUGAGGGAUAAGAUUCGAGAAGAGCGUCGUAAGGAAAGAGAGAGGGAGAGAAGGUUGGAAACUGCGGGAAAGAAGAGCAAGACCACAAGGGACAUUGACCGUGAUAUCAGUGAGAAGGUUGCGCUUGGAAUGGCAUCUACUGGAGGCAGAGGUGGUGAAGUCAUGUACGAUCAACGGUUGUUUAACCAGGACAAGGGCAUAGACUCGGGUUUUGCCACUGAUGACCAAUACAACGUAUUUGACAAAAGAUUAUCCACGGUGCAGCCCACUCUCUCAACGCUGUACAAGCCAAAGAAGGAUAUAGAUGAUGAAAUGUAUCACGAGCAGCUUCAGAAGCCCAUGAACACUAAGAGGUUCAAACCAGACAAGGCUUUCACCGGUGCGGGGAAGAGAGAGCGACCUCUUGAGUUUGAGAAAGAAGCAGAGGAAGAUCCUUUCGGUCUUGCACAGUGGGCGUGUGAUGUGAAGAAACGUAAGAAACAUUUAGGGUCUGGAUCGGAGGAACUAUGAGAGCAAGUGGUGGUGGUUGUAGCUCUUCCAAGGAUUACUGUGGUGGUUCUGCUCGGACCAAGAUCAAUUUUAAACGUUUG